UGGAGAAGCUGGAGUUUCUAAGCGAAAGCACCAUUUUGGCGCACAUCACCUACCAUCAGUUCGUCCUCUUUCUAGAAGGGUACGCUUGGGAUGUAGAACAAGAAGAGGCUAAAGGGAAAAAUGCUGCAAAAAAGAGGAAAAAGAACGAUGAGUUAACCAAAUGCCGAACAGCGCUCGCUGAGCUUCGCAACCUCCGUCAUUUUCUGCGACAUGAUAUUAUGGGCGCCGCAACACCUGAGUAGGGGAAAGGGAUCUUCCACCACACAAGUUCAACUUUGAUCUGAAACUUAGUAGAAGACCAGAUCAGCUGAUUUUUUAGCUUUUCUCGUCUAAUACUUGCAAAAGAAGUGUAACUCUAGUCGAGGUGAUGUUCUUUGACUGCAAGGACUCGAUUCGGAAACACCUGACAUCCCAGGCUAAAAUGGACACUUUUCAAGAGAAAGCUUGCAAGGUCCGCGAGCAAGCUCUUAAGCUUUUCGUGCGCGCUUUUUUCCUUUGCUGUUAUGCUUUCUGGUUACUUGCUUUAUUCUUAUAUAUUGUGCACAAAUAAAUGUGGUAAGUCAAAAACAAAUAUCCAGUAGUUUAUUUAAUAAAGGGGUAAAAAUUCAAUCUUUACUCUUGUUCAACUUAUCUACUUAUGCCGAUGCUGGUAUGUUGAAGUUGAAUUUUUUACUUCCAAAUACUCUCUCCACCACCAAAAGUGGGUAGAUGUGCAGUCAUCCUCGUAUCUUUACUCUAACCCACGUUACCAGAGCUGCGCCAGUUCGAAAGGUAUCGAGACUAUGUUCGAGCACCUGAGCUUAACCACCCCGACUUUGUGAAAGAGCUACAAUUUGUGGAAU